GUUGUAGUCUCUCCAUCUUGACCGUUCGUGUGCAUCGGCGAUCAGGAGAGCUCCUCCUUGUGAUCCUGCCUUGAGAGGACGCACAAAGUUUUUUUGGGAACCGCUUUUCAUGCGACUACUUCUAACUUCCAUGAUGGCUCGUUUUUCGAAGGCUCCAUCGAGACGACGUGUCUCCAUUGCCAUAGGCUCGUCGAGAAUCUUCAAUGGGAACGUUCCUCCACCACUCAUAGACGACUUUGUACCCCCAUCACAACAACGUCUCCAUCACCUGUGACGUCGUUUCCCUUUGAAGCCGAAAGGUACACACCCCGUGAUCCAAGUUCGUGCCACUUAAUCUGAUUAGUAUGCGAGCAAUGCUCAUGCUAGUAUUUGAGAUUGUCAUGAUUUAUGUGCUGGUUUUAUUUUGGAAAUUGUCUAUUUUCUCAACAAUUCUCACAUCUCACUUAAGCCACUCAUAGAGUUUAAGAACCCAAACCCUUUGAGAGGUUGUGGACUUGGUAGAGAAUCCAGGAGACGUUAAGGAUUGCUGAAUAGAGCAUCGAAAGAGGAGGAUAGAUGUCAUGGUCAACAGCUUGAAGAGAAGCAAGGAGAGAAAGGUAUGUAAAGCAAGGAGAAAAAGGUAUGUAAAGAAGCCAUUGUGAUGUGUAUCUCGGUAACUGACAUGGUGAAACAAUCUAUUUUUUAUAAGAAAAGAAUAACGAAACCUUCUGGCUUUCUGAGGAAAAAUGGCAGUGCCUUUCAAAAAGCUUCUCCUUUUUAUAGAAAAAAUUAACUAAAACAGACUGAGCCCUACUACCAUGAGCCAAUGGGGCAGAAGCUUACUACAUCAGGCUGCCCCAUCUUGGGCUCUUGCUACCAUUGGCACAAAGUAUGAACCGUAACUUGGUAACUGACAUGGUGAAACAACCUAUUUUUUAUAAGAAAAGAAUGACAAAACCUUCUGUCUUUCUGAGGAAAAAUGGCAGUGCCUUUCAAAAAGCUCCUCCAUUUUGUAGAAAAAAUUAACUAAAACAGACUGAGCCCUACUACCAUGAGCCAAUGGGGCAGAAGCUUACUACAUCAGGCCGCCCCAUCUUGGGCUCUUGCUACCAUUUGCACAUUUAGAUCUCCUGCGGAUGAAGGCAGGCUGGGACAAAGAGCUGCAUUACAGACGGUGGCGUGUUUUGCACGUAGUCACGGAAGCUGUAGCUAUGCAAAGAAUACCCGAGUCCAUACAUAUACUUGUCAUUGAAAUGUAGUAUGUGGUACAUAUAGUGUUAUACUGCUACUCAAAAUUACUCACCCAUGGUCUCCUUCUCUCUUCAUGAAUCAAAGAAUAGUACAUGGACACAUCGCCUGGCGCUCAUCAGGAGGGAUGUUUAGGAAAUUAUGAGGAAGGAAAGAAAAAUACUGGUCUGAUUAUUUAGAGGUUAGAGCAAUGGGUAUGUAGAACAAUCCUUCAUCUUCAACCAUUUGGGAAUUUGUCCCCUCUAGCAACAGAUCAUGGGUGUGCAACUUUGCCCAAUACCGUAAGCGUUCCUGGACGCCCAAAUUUAGACACCUACAGCUCAGAUUUUUGCCUAGCGAUGAAGUUGUUUAGGAGGCGAAUAUAUUCUGACAUGGGUCAGAAUCUCUAUCUCUACACCUAAAAAGACUUUAACAUCAUCAUUUACCUGGUGCUAUGAAGACUGGAUCUGUGUAUCCGUGUCUGAUACAAAGUCCUUAGAGCUCACGACUCAUUGAUAUGAGCAAUCAAGCAACAUUGGGAUGAGAAGGUAACAUGUGAGGGGAGAUCCCUUGAUUAUUGUACAACUUGCAUGGAUUCGGAAAAAGCGACUCCAUGAAUUUAAAUGUACUACUAUGUAGGUGUAAAAGAAAUUUAGAGAAAUGACAGUGAAAUUGCUGGAAUUUGGAGAUAUUUUGCAAUAGCAAACACAGCAUUGAAAGAGGAGGAUAGACGUCAUGGUCAACAACUUGAAGAGAAAACAAAGUAAAGAGUCCGUUGUGUAUGGUUGGAUGCAUGGGUUCAGGAAAGAGACUACUCAAGAGAGGUUACCAACCCUUGUGUCACAAGUUACCAUACCAACACAUAUGUGGUCAAAAGUAUGAACCGUAACUAACGUGGGAGGGUCUAUUUUUGACAAGAAUAGCAGGAAACUGACUACCUUUUUUAAGGAAAAAACUGAAAACUAUCUCCUUUUCUGAGGAAAAAUGGCAUGUCUUGUUUGGAAAAGUUGCUUUUUUUUAGACAAGAUAACUAAAACUGAUUGGGCCCUACUACACAUGAAAGCAGCCAAUGGGGCAGAAGCUUUACAUACAUCAGGCUGCUCCUCUUGGUCUCUUGCUACCAUUUGCACAUUGAGAUCUCCCGCGGAUGAAUGAAGGCAGGCCGGGACAAAGUUACACUUGCACUGCAGACGGUGGCGGUGUUUCUGCACGCAGUCACGGGAGUAAAAUGGCUGGAGAAACCGACGGUACACGCUGUCCCAGGCCAGCCGCCGCCGCGUCAGUAGAUGAGCCCGUGGGUUUUACUGUUCCCAAAAUUACAGCAUCGUGGAUUCAUGGUGGAAAAGCCGAUGACGGCGAGCGAGCAAAACUGCUCGUUUCAAAGGGGAAUGAAUUUGUACAGCAAUGACAAUACAAACUCUUGCUGCGUGAGUCCAGCAACAAUACAUGGAAGCCAAGCCACAAAUCGUACAUGGGAGUGAGAUGAUCCUCCAGCAAGCAGUUUUUUCCUCCAAUAAACUAUAUGCACACUUGUUCCAUGUCAGUGACUCAAAGUGUCCGUGUGCCAUCGUCGUCUUCCUUGUCCCCUGGUGAACUGUGGUGUAUAAAGACGACAUUCCUCAAGACAAGCAGUCCAUCCACAGCUAGCUAGCCAUGCUGUCCAUUCACCGAGUCAAGCAUUAGAGUCCAUCGAUCCGGCGGGCCUCGGCCAGCAGGUUUUAGCUCCUAGCUAGCUCAUCUUCUUGGACCUAUCAAUGGCGGCCAGCCGCGGUGCCGUGGUGUCGUCUAGAGCCGGUGGGGCGGCGGCGGCGGCGGCGGCGUUCUUGCUGUUGUUGCUUGUUGGAGUUGGAGUUGGCAGUGCCCAGCUCCAGGUGGGGUUCUACUCCGACUCCUGCCCGGACGCCGAGGACACGGUCACCGCCGCCGUCCAGGACGCCGCCGGCAACGACCCCACCAUCCUCCCCGCGCUCCUCCGCCUCCAGUUCCACGACUGCUUCGUCAAGGGGUGCGACGCGUCGGUGCUGAUCCGGAGCGCGACCAACGACGCCGAGGUGGACAACGCCAAGAACCAGGGCCUCCGCGGCCAGGAUGUGGUGGACGCCGCCAAGGCGCAGCUCGAGGACCAGUGCCCCGGCGUCGUCUCCUGCGCCGACAUCCUCGCGCUCGCCGCGCGCGACGCCGUCGCCAUGACGGGCGGGCCGUCGUUCGACGUGCCCACGGGGCGGCGCGACGGGCUGACCUCCAACCUCCGCGACGCCGACGUGCUUCCCGACGCCGGCGACUCCAUCAGCGUGCUCCGAUCACGGUUCGCCGCCAGCGGCCUCGACGACCGCGACCUCGUCCUCCUCACAGGUGUGUAUACCUUCACACUUCACGUGCAUGGACAUGGACGCCGGCACGCCGCCGGCCUACCACUGACACUUGAAACGAGACCGGCCGCAGCGGCGCACACGGUGGGCACGACGGCGUGCUUCUUCGUGAAGGACCGGCUGUACAGCUACCCGCUGCCGGGCGGCGGGACGGGCGCCGACCCGUCGAUCCCGGCGCCGUUCGUGGCGGAGCUCAAGGCCCGGUGCCCGCCGGGGGAUUUCAACACGCGCCUGCCGCUGGACCGCGGCAGCGAGACCGACUUCGACGACUCCAUCCUCCGGAACAUCCGCUCCGGCUUCGCCGUCAUCGCCUCCGACGCCGCGCUCGCCAACAGCAACGCCACCCGCGCGCUCGUCGACGCGUACCUGGGCGCCUCGGCGCGCAGCUUCCAGCGGGACUUCGCCGCCGCCAUGGUCAAGAUGGGCACCGUCGGCGCCAUUACCGGCGACGACGACGCCGGCGAGGUCAGGGACGUCUGCUCUGCGUUCAACAGCAAUUGAUGAUCCGUGCCGUCCGUGCGUGCGUGCGUCGGUGCGCGGCGUGACAUAGAGAAAGAAAUGAGGAUUUCUAGUGUACAUUGAAUUUGGUUACUUGAGUGGAUUAAUUAGAUUUAAUUUAAAAAAAAUUAACUGGAAAUUAUUAAUUGGAUGGAUUGAUAAAAAAAGAGGGCACAUGGAGGAAUUGUGCGGUGGAA